CUCCAUGGUUUCCGAAGAAAAUUUGUGAACUGGACAGAUUUGCGAACCAAAUCUUGAGUUAUGGAUCUGAGUUGGACGCCGACCAUCCUGGAUUUACAGACCCCGUCUACAGAGCUCGCAGAAAGGAGCUGGCAGACAUCGCCUUCCAUUACAAACAUGGGCAAGAAAUCCCAAGAGUAAAAUAUACAGAAGAGGAAAUCAACACAUGGAGGACUAUCUACAAUGAACUGACAAAGCUUUACUCGACACACGCUUGUAAACAGUUCAAUCAUGUCUUCCCACUGCUCCAAGAUAACUGUGGAUAUAAUGCUAACAAUAUUCCACAACUAGAAGACGUCUCCAGGUUUUUACAAGAUUGCACUGGAUUCAGACUGAGACCUGUUGCUGGAUUGUUAUCAUCACGUGACUUCCUGUCCGGUCUCGCUUUUCGUGUUUUUCAUUCCACACAGUACAUACGUCACAGUUCCAGACCAAUGUACACACCAGAACCGGAUGUUUGUCAUGAAUUGCUGGGCCACGUCCCUCUCUUUGCCGAUCCAGCAUUUGCUCAAUUUUCUCAAGAGAUUGGAUUAGCUAGCCUUGGAGCCCCGGAUGACUAUGUCAAAAAAUUGGCAACGGUUAGAAAUACACUAAUUAAUAAAAUAA